GCGCUGUCUUUUCCUCUCCACGCGGUUGGGACGAAGGGUCGGCUUGGGUAGCAGGUGCUGAAUAAUGCCGGGAAGACUCCUUGGCGACGCCGAUUUGGAAUCAGACGCAACCGUGAAAAAAGUGGAGAUGCUGCGAAAGCAAGCUCAGAAGAAAGAGAGAAGAGAGAAACCAAAAUCGAGUAAGACCGAAGAGGCAGCAGAAGAGGAAGAAACUAUUUCCCCCAAAGCUAAACAAGUUAAAAAGAAAGCAAGUACUUCUGAAGUUGACAUAAAUUCUCCUAAAUCCAAAAAGGCAAAAAAGAAAGAGGAGCAGUCUCAAGAUGACAUUGUUUCUCCUAAAACCAAAAGUGUGAAAAAGAAAAAGGAACCCUUGGAGAAGAAAGUUGUUUCUCCUAAAAUAAAAAAUGUAAGAAGUGAGGAGCCUUCUGAAGUAGAUGAUGCUCCUAAGCCCAAGCGGAUGAAGAAAGAAAAGGAAGUAAAUGGAGAAAUAGUAGCGAAGACCCCUGAACUGAAGAAUGGAUUCUCUCAUUCUGAACCUGACUCUAACUCAGUUGAAGCUGCAAGUGAAGAAAGUAACAGCGAGAUAGAGCAGGUAAAGUUGCACUUUAAUCAUUUUUCCCAUUUUAAAAUAUAUAAUAACACAGUUAAUUUGUUCACAGGCCGAGGGGUGACCUUCCUGUUUCCCAUACAAGCAAGGACGUUCCAUCAUGUCUACAGUGGGAAGGACUUAAUUGCACAGGCACGGACAGGAACUGGGAAAACAUUCUCCUUUGCCAUCCCUUUGAUUGAGAAACUUCAGGGAGAACUGCAAGACAGGAAGAGAGGUCGUUCCCCUCAGGUACUGGUUCUUGCACCUACAAGAGAGUUGGCAAAUCAAGUGAGCAAAGACUUUAGUGACAUCACAAAAAAGCUGGCAGUGGCUUGUUUUUAUGGUGGAACUCCCUAUGGAGGUCAAAUUGAACGCAUGCGGAAUGGGAUUGAUAUCCUGGUUGGAACACCAGGUCGAAUCAAAGACCACCUACAGAAUGGCAAACUGGAUCUCACCAAACUUAAGCAUGUUGUCCUGGAUGAAGUUGAUCAGAUGUUGGAUAUGGGUUUUGCUGAUCAAGUGGAAGACAUUUUAAGUGUUGCAUAUAAGAAAGAUUCUGAAGACAAUCCCCAAACAUUGCUUUUUUCUGCAACUUGCCCUCAUUGGGUAUUUAAUGUUGCUAAGAAAUACAUGAAACCUACAUACGAACAAGUGGACCUAAUCGGUAAAAAGACACAGAAAACAGCAAUAACUGUGGAGCAUCUGGCUAUCAAGUGCCACUGGACUCAGAGGGCAGCAGUGAUUGGGGAUGUGAUCCGAGUCUAUAGUGGUCAUCAAGGACGCACUAUUAUCUUCUGUGAAACCAAGAAAGACGCCCAGGAGCUGUCACAGAAUACGGCUAUUAAGCAGGAUGCGCAGUCAUUACAUGGAGACAUCCCACAGAAGCAAAGGGAAAUUACCCUGAAAGGUUUUAGAAAUGGAGCUUUUGGAGUUUUGGUGGCAACCAAUGUUGCUGCACGUGGGUUAGACAUCCCUGAGGUUGAUUUGGUUGUGCAAAGCUGUCCACCAAAGGAUGUAGAAUCCUACAUUCAUCGUUCUGGGCGGACAGGAAGAGCUGGAAGGACAGGGGUUUGCAUCUGCUUUUAUCAGCACAAGGAAGAAUAUCAGUUGGUGCAAGUGGAACAAAAAGCGGGAAUUAAGUUUAAACGAAUAGGUGUUCCUUCUCCAACAGAAAUCAUAAAAGCUUCCAGCAAAGAUGCCAUCAGACUUUUGGAUUCUGUGCCUCCUACUGCGAUAAAUCACUUCAAGGAGUCAGCAGAGAAGUUGAUAGAGGAGAAGGGAGCUGUGGAAGCCCUUGCAGCAGCACUCGCCCAUAUUUCAGGCGCCACAUCAGUAGACCAACGCUCCUUGAUCAACUCAGAUGUGGGUUUUGUGACCAUGAUCUUGCGGUGCUCAAUUGAAAUGCCAAAUAUUAGUUAUGCGUGGAAAGAACUUAAAGAGCAACUGGGAGAGGAUAUUGAUUCUAAAGUGAAGGGAAUGGUCUUUCUCAAAGGAAAGCUGGGUGUCUGCUUUGAUAUACCUACCGCAUCAGUGACAGAAAUACAGGAGAAAUGGCAUGAUUCACGACGCUGGCAGCUCGCUGUGGCCACAGAGCAACCAGAGCUGGAGGGACCAAAAGAAGGAUAUCGAGCCUUUAGGGGUCAGCGGGAAGGAAACAGAAACUUCAGGGGACGGCGGGAAGGAAACAGAAACUUCAGGGGACAGCGGUCAGGAGGUGGCAACAGAAGUAACAGAUCCCAAAACAAAGGCCAGAAACGGAGUUUUAAUAAAGCAUUUAGUAAAUAAUUAGAUGUAGAGGAUUUUUAUAGUAAAAAAAAUUAUGUUUGGCAAUAUAAAACCGAACAUUAUUUUUCAUA